UAUAUUUUGCUUGAUCAUUCAUUCAUGUACAAAGAUAAAGUAGGUUUUCUAAAAUUGUUGGAAAGAUCGUCUACUUGUUGAACAAAAAUUAAGCUUCCAAAGUAUAUUUCUACAGCAGAGUUGUUGCAGUCAACACUACUAGCUACUGAAUAUUAGAGAAAGAUCAAGAGAAUAGUUCAUACGGCUUGAACAUUUGCUGAAACAAGAGUUGUUGCAGUCAACACCACCUUAUUAUGAUCUUGAUGAUGCUAGCUACUGCAUAUUGGAGAAUGAUCUUGAACAUUUGCUGAAACUGCUGGAUAUAAGAUGGCAAGUUUUUUGACUGAUUUGGCGAAGCCUUAUGUGGAUAAAUUGAUAAAUGGGGUGAUCGCAGAGUCAAGUUAUAUAUGUUGCUUCACGUACAUUGCUAAGGAUUUUGAAGAAGAAAGAGUUAGUUUGGAAAUAGAAAAGACAACUGUCAAGCAACGUGUUGAUGUGGCAACCAGUAGAGGAGAAGAUGUUCAAGCUAAUGCUCUUUCUUGGGAAGAAGAAGCCGAUAAGCUUAUUCAAGAAGACACAAGAACAAAACAAAAAUGUUUUUUUGGAUUUUGUUCUCAUUGCGUAUGGAGAUAUAGAAGGGGAAAGGAAUUGACAAAUAAGAAGGAGCAAAUUAAAAGAUUAAUUGAAACUGGAAAGGAACUUUCAAUUGGACUCCCUGCUCGUCUUCCAGGUGUUGAACGUUAUUCAUCCCAACACUAUAUUCCUUUUAAAAGUAGGGAAUCCAAAUACAAAGAGCUUUUGGAUGCAUUGAAAGAUGACAACAAUUAUGUAAUCGGGUUGAAAGGAAUGGGGGGCACAGGAAAAACUACAUUGGCCAAAGAAGUUGGUAAGGAACUUAAGCAGUCCAAACAAUUUACUCAAAUAAUUGACACGACAGUGUCAUUUUCUCCUGAUAUCAAAAACAUUCAAGAUGAUAUUGCUGGACCCUUGGGAUUGAAAUUUGAUGACUGUAAUGAAUCAGACAGACCCAAAAAACUAUGGAGCAGGUUAACCAAUGGUGAAAAGAUUCUUCUAAUAUUGGAUGAUGUGUGGGGAGACAUCGAUUUUAAUGAAAUAGGGAUUCCAUACAGUGACAAUCACAAAGGCUGUAGAAUUCUUGUAACCACGCGCAAUCUCUUGGUGUGUAACAGAUUAGGAUGCAGUAAGACAAUGCAACUCGAUCUGUUAUCUGAAGAAGACGCAUGGAUCAUGUUCAAAAGGCAUGCUGGUCUUAGCGAAAUUUCAACUAAAAAUCUGCUUGAAAAAGGGCGUAAAAUUGCAAAUGAAUGCAAAAGGUUACCGAUUGCAAUUGCUGCUAUCGCCAGCAGUUUGAAGGGCAUACAACGUCCGGAAGAGUGGGAAUGGGCCUUAAAAUCCUUGCAGAAAAAUAUGCAAAUGCACAAUGUUGAUGAUGAACUGGUUAAAAUUUAUAAAUGCUUAAAAUUUAGCUAUGAUAAUAUGAAGAAUGAGAAGGCCAAGAGACUAUUCCUCUUGUGUUCUGUAUUUCGAGAAGAUGAAAAAAUUCCUACCGAAAGGUUAACCAGACUUAGCAUCGGAGGAGGCCUUUUUGGGGAGGAUUAUGUCAGCUACGAAGAUGCUCGAAGCCAAGUUGUUAUAUCCAAAAAUAAACUCCUAGAUUCUUGUUUAUUGUUGGAGGCCAAAAAAAGUAGAGUGCAAAUGCAUGACAUGGUUCGUGAUGCAGCCCAAUGGAUAGCGAGCAAAGAGAUUCAAACAAUGAAGUUGUAUGAUAAAAAUCAAAAGGCAAUGGUUGAAAGGGAGAAAAAUAUUAAAUAUUUGUUAUGUGAAGGCAAGCUUGAGGAUGUGUUUUCAUGUAUGCUUGAUGGUUCCAAGCUUGAGAUUCUAAUUGUCACUGGGCAUAAGAAGGAAGGCUUCCACUGCCACGAUUUGAAAAUCGAUGUCCCGAAUUCAUUUUUUGAAAAUAGUACGGGCCUUCGAGUUUUUUAUCUAAUCUAUGAUAAGUAUUCUAGUCUAUCUCUAUCAUUACCUCAUUCAAUUCAGUCGUUGAAGAAUAUUCGAUCUCUUCUCUUUGCAAAUGUCAUUUUGGGUGACAUCUCUAUUUUGGGAAACCUUCAAAGUCUAGAGACACUUGAUUUGGAUGGUUGUAAAAUUGAUGAAUUGCCUCAUGGAAUCACAAAACUAGAGAAACUGAAAUUAUUGAACUUGACAUCUUGUAGAAUUGCAAGGAAUAAUCCUUUUGAAGUGAUUGAAGGAUGCUCGUCACUUGAAGAGUUGUAUUUCAUAGGUAGUUUUAAUGAUUUUUGCCGAGAAAUAACUUUCCCGAAAUUGCAAAGGUUUGAUAUUGGUGAAUUUUCAAACUUAGUGGAUAAAUCAUCAUUGAAGGGGGUGUCUGAUCUUGUAAUCUCAGAUAAUGUUUUCCUAUCUGAAACAACACUCAAGUAUUGUAUGCAAGAAGCAGAGGUUCUUGAACUAGGAAGAAUCGAGGGGGGGUGGAGAAACAUCGUACCUGAGAUUGUUCCUCUGGAUCAUGGUAUGAAUGAUCUAAUCGAGCUUGGUUUGAGAUCCAUUUCACAAUUACAGUGCCUCAUUGACACUAAUUCUCCAGUUUCAAAAGUCUUCUCCAAGUUGGUUGUACUAAAGCUCAAAGGAAUGGAUAAUUUAGAAGAAUUGUUCAAUGGUCCUGUUUCCUUUGACUCUCUGAACAGUUUAGAGAAGCUGUCCAUCAAUGAAUGUAAACAUUUAAAAAGCUUAUUUAAGUGCAACCUAAACCUCUGCAAUCUAAAGAGUCUUUCAUUGGAAGAAUGCCCGAUGUUGAUAUCCCUAUUUCAACUGUCAACUGUUGUUAGCCUAGUGUUGUUGGAGAAACUGGAAAUAAUUGAUUGUGAGCGCCUUGAAAACAUAAUAAUAGUUGAAAAAAACGGGGACGAAUUGAGAGGUGAAAUAAUUGAUGCUAAUGGCAAUACAAGUCAUGGCUCAAUGUUUCCGAAACUAAAAGUUCUUAUUGUUGAGAGCUGUCCGAGAAUUGAAUUAAUACUUCCGUUUCUCUCUACUCAUGAUCUUCCAGCACUAAAAUCCAUCAAAAUAGAAGAUUGUGACAAGUUGAAAUACAUAUUUGGUCAAGAUGUCAAACUUGGUUCGCUCAAAAAAUUGGAGCUUGAUGGCAUUCCGAAUUUGAUCGACAUUUUCCCAGAAUGUAAUCCUACAAUGUCUUUGUCCAUUAAGAAGCCAUCUUCCAUUUCUGAGUCACAAGAACAAUCAGAGCCAAUCAAAUGCAAUAUGUUUUCAUGGACUGAUAUCUAUUGUUGUGGUAAAAAAUAUGGGCACAACAAAUUGAGGAGUACCACAAUUACGAAAAUCCCAUUGGUUUCUCAGGAUCAACUGCUGGAUAACUUAAUGGAAUCAAAUUCAUAUCCUCUUAACAUAUGGGAAAGUGCUCAAUGUCUUUCAAGACAAUCACAUAUCUUGUGCAAUAUUAAAAAGAUUACACUCUGGAAAAUUUCAAAGAUGAAAUCAGUAUUUAUCCUGUCUAUUGCUCCAACAAUGUUGUUGGAGUCAUUGACAAUCUAUAAGUGUAAUGAAUUGAAGCACAUUAUAAUAGACAUGGGAGAUCAUGACAACACUGGUGGCAAUAACUGGGGCACUGUCUUCCCAAAAUUAAGAUUGUUCGAAGUUGAACAUUGUGAGAAAUUGGAAUACAUAAUUGGACACUUCACUGAUGAUCAUCAAAACCACACUGAGAUUCCUCUUCAUCUUCCAGCAUUGGAGACCUUCGUUCUUCACAAUCUGCCAAGUUUAGUCAGCAUGUGUCCCAAACAAUAUCACACGACAUUUCCACAAUUGGAAAGACUUGUAGUUGAAGAAUGCCCGCAGUUUAUUGGUGAUUUCAUAACUCAUCAUUCAAUAACAAGAUCGGUGGACGGUACAAUCAUCAAGGAAUUGAGUGGGAAUGUCGAACAUUUUUGUGCUUUGGAAAGUCUCGAGGUAGAUCACUCCAAUGUAGAAAGUAUCUUUCGUGUCGAUGAAAUAAAUGAACGGCAAAUGAACUUAGCUUUGGAAGACAUUGAUUUGGAUGUUCUGCCUAUGAUGACAUGCCUUUUUGUGGGUCCCAACAAUUCGUUCUCCCUCCAAAACCUUACAAGAAUAAAAAUCAAGGGAUGUGAAAAGUUGAAAAUUGUUUUCACCACUUCUGUAAUAAGGUGUCUACCACAGUUGUAUUAUAUGAGAAUUGAAGAGUGCAAUGAGUUGAAGCAUAUCAUUGAAGAUGAUUUGGAGAAUAAAAAUUCCUCAAAUUUUAUGUCUACAACAAAGACAUUCUUCCCAAAGCUAGAAAAAGUUGUUGUAGAAAAGUGCAACAAGUUGAAAUAUGUGUUUCCAAUCUCCAUAUGUAAAGAGCUUCCUGAGCUAAAUGUUCUGAUGAUAAGAGAAGCAGAUGAGCUGGAGGAAAUAUUUGUAAGUGAAGGUGAUGAUCACAAAGUGGAGAUUCCAAAUCUAGAAUGUGUAGUAUUUGAAAAUCUACCAAGCCUCAGUCAUGCCCAGAGAAUUCAAUUUCAAGCUGUAAAAAAUCGUUUCAUACGGAAUUGUCAAAAACUCUCUCUGGAAUCAACAAAAAUACAUGACUUGUCUGCUUCAUAUUUUCGCAUCGAUCCUGAAUUGUGUAGGUAUUUCAAGACUCGGUUUCGACAACAAUUUCAAAAAGAGACCAAAGGCAACAAUAGUGGUAAUGAAAAUCCAGAAACCUCUAAAAAAAUUGCUGUUGGGGUUGAAGUUAAAGCAUCAUCAGAACAUGAGCUGACUUCUCCAAAGAAAAAAACAAAACAAACACCAGAGACAGAGCAUGAACUUGUGGAAAAUGUUCCUGAUUUAGAAAUACCAACAAAUUCAAAAGAGUUGAUGAAUGAACAAUCAAUGGAGCAGCAACGUCUACUUGGAGAACCUGAUACUACCGUCAAACCUUCUCAGUUGGAGGUGUCUACCAUUUCAGAAACAAAGAAUGUAGCAGAAACGUGUUCCACCAAUUCACCAACAAAGAAUGAGUCACCUAUACAAGUUAGCGAAAUAAGUGUUCAAGAAGGAACUACUUCAUCUAAUGCCAAGAGAAGAACGACAUCAUCACAGGAAUAUAGUGACGGCGAAAUGGCCAUAUCUUCUCCUCCAAUUUCCAUGACAAGGCAUUUUUCCACUCAAGACAUUCAUGUUAAUAACUUGCAGGAAACUAGUAACACUGAUGAUGAUCAAGUUUCUCUAAAUGAUGAUGCUGUUAUAAAAGUAACCUCAAUUGUUGAGGAACCAUUUUCUAAGGAUGUUGAAUUUAAAGUUCCAGAAUCUAAGCUAUCCCUUAUCAUUACUUCGCCUCAACAAUUUCGGACUCCUUCAAUGCUUUCCAAAGGGGACCCUUCUCAACCAGAUGAAGAAUUAGAAGAUCUUGAUGACCAAAUGGACAUGACUUCUUUUUCCAUUGCUACUACAGAGACCAAUGAUGAAGUUUCUCGGAAUGAUGAUGCUUUCAAGAAAGUAAGCUCAAAUAUUGAGGAACAAUUUCCUAAGAUUGAUGAUAUAAUAGUAGUUUCCAAAUCUAAACCCUCUCCUUGGAUCACGUCUUCUGUUGCAUCUCAGAAACCUCCGGUGCCUUCUAAAGGGGACCCUUCUCAAAAAGUAGAAGAUUUCAGUUCUUCUUUGCUUGUCAAGCAUUUUGAUUAUGAAAACUUGUCUUUGUUGACUGAUUUCUUUGUUAAGCAUCCUUCGGUUCUUUUAAACGACACUUCAUUGAGUAACAGAUACAAGGGUUAUGCCUACAACUGCCUAGCUGAGCUAUUGAAAUUCCUCCAAACUCAUAGUGUGUUGGAUGUGUUAGGUUCAAGCCACUCUGAAUUUGUUGAGUUAUUACAAGAUGUGCGCAAAUUUGGUUUUGAUAAGGAAUGGUUGGAUGAUAUUGAAAAACGCGCUUUGUUGCCUGGUUUACAAGUCUCUCAAGAUGCAUUGCAAAAAUUGUUGGACUCAAAACACAUUUUGACACAACAUGUGGAGGAUCUUAAGCAUCAAUUGGCUUCCUGUGAAGCUGUUUUGCAGAACAUCACUCAACAGGAGGCACAAAUUUUACAUACUCGGGCUGCUUUAAGUGAUCCUAUUGGCUAUUAGACUAUUUUAUUCCUUGCAUUCGCUCAAGUUGUUCCCUGCUUUGAAUAUUAUGUAUUGCUUGAGUAGUUUUCGGUUUCUCAUCUCAAAUGAUUGAAACAAUCUUACUGAAUUUGUGUAUUUUGAAAAUUAUUAUUGAUUGUUGUAUGAUCAUCGUAUGUUAUACAUGUUGGUCAUGAAGUAUUGAUAUAUUACUUAUUUCAAAUAAGAAAACAUGUUGAACAAAUAUUGUUAUAUGGAACACAUUUCAAAUGUAUCCUAAGAUUCAAUAAACAAAUCUUGACUAAGAGAAAAGUCGAGAUACACGACAA